UUUUAGGAAAAACAAAUAGAGACGGAGAAAAAGGUCGUGGCUGGUUUUAGUUUCUAGAUAUAUACUGAGAGAACUGCCAGGACACCGAACAUGAAGUAGAGAGUUGCAGUGAGGGCCCAGGUACAACCUUCCACUAAUUUUGUUAUAGUGACAUCCAAGGUGGUGGAUUAUGGGUAACCUCAAGUCUUGAUUGAUUUUCUUGUAAUAUCUCAGAUUCCCUUGUAAUACGUGUAAUAUCUCAGAUUUCUAUGAUUGGUAUUGUUAUUAUUGGUAAUCUCCCCGAUUCCCUAGAGUUCACAAUGAAAUCUGCUCUUAUAAGUACUAAUUGCUCACACCCAUUUGAUCCGUUUUGUUCCUAUACAUCCUAUCAGCCAAAGAAUCCAAAUUUGUACUGCGUAAAACGCUUUACUUUCCCCUCCAUAGUCUCCUUAAAUUCCCGGUACAAGCAGUCUAGAUUGGUUUCUCUUUGCAGUUCCUAUACCUCAGGACCAUCUAACGACCAAUUAAAGAAUCGUGGGUUGGAGGAAGUUUCGAGAGAAGACCUGGUUGAAGAUGAAAACUCACAGACUCGAUGGAAUGUAGAAGUGGGGAGCCCCAGUGUUCCGGCAAACGUUGUACCUGCGGCCAAACUGAGCUUGAGUGACCAAGCGUUCUUCCUCUUGGCUUUCAUUGCUUGCACGACUUCUGUGGCAUUUACUAGCCUUGUUAUUGCAGCCGUCCCAACACUAUAUGCAAUGGGGAGAGCUGCAACAUCUCUUUCAAAGCUAGCAGAUACAGCUCGUGAGGAGCUCCCCAGUACAAUGGCUGCUAUUCGGCUGUCUGGCAUGGAAAUCAGCGACCUUACGCUGGAACUAAGUGAUUUGAGCCAAGAGAUAACUGAUGGGGUCACCAAAUCAGCUCAAGCGGUUCAAGCGGCAGAAGCUGGAAUUCGACAGAUUGGAACACUUGCUCGACAGCAAACCAUCUCAAUGAUUCAAGAGAGAGCAAGCCUGCCCAUCAUCUCUUUGCAACCUGUCGUUGCAGGAGCUGCAAAGAAGACUUCGCGUGCUGUUGGCCGAGCCACAAAGACCUUUAUGAAUAUCCUCUCUCGAGGGGAGCACAGCUCAGAAAACGAAGAUGACAGUGCAAUUGAUAGAGUGGAAAUUUAAGAAGUUUGCUGCUUCCCAAUUGAGUAAUACCUUGUGUAUAUAUUGCAGUGAACAUAGAAACAGCCCACAAUGAUUGUUCAUAUGAGGAAGAUGCAAACGGCCCCCCAAAAACAUUGGGAACAUAUUAAAGGAAAAAUUUAGUUGUAAGCGAUUUUACACACUAAUAUGUGCACUCAUCUAAAGUUGAAGUUAUUGGUCAUAAAGUCGGACUUCAAUGAAAAUAGUGUCAGCUUAAAUUUUUUA